AUGUUAAUUAUUAAAAAGGAAUAUUUUAAUAAUAUUAUAAAAGCUUGGGGAGCGGAAGCAUGGGGUUUUGAACGUAACACGGAUGCAGGGAAAUGGAAACGAGAUGCAGAUGCUGCAGGGAUAUUUAAACGUGACGCAGGUGCGCCAGUUUAUAAACGUGACGCGGAUGCGGAAAUCUUCAAACGAGAUGCGGGUAUUGUAGUAGAUUUUAAACGUGACGCGGAUGCGAAACACUCCAAACGAGAUGCGGAUGCAGGAACUUAUAAACGUGAAGCGGAUGCGGGAAUCUUUUCGAAAGUUUUUAAACGUGACGCGGAUGCAGAUCCGACUAUAUAG